AUGUCUAUGAUCAAAAAUAAGCUGAUUUUACUACUUGGAAUGAUCUGUCUGGAAAAAUUUAAAUCUGCAGCUUACUUUCUCCCCAAAGAUUACACUUGUGGUCAGUGUCUAGUGAAGUCACAAACUUGGAAUUACUUAACCCAAUUUAGUCGCAUUGUUGGGGGAAGGCAAGUGGAAAGGGGUUCCUACCCUUGGCAGGUGUCUCUGAAAUACAAUCAGAAGCAUUUCUGUGGUGGGACAAUCAUCUCCCCGAAAUGGGUGAUCACAGCUGCUCACUGUGUUGCAAACAGGAAUAUUUUACCACUUUUGAGUGUUAGUGCUGGACAAUAUGACUUGAGACAAAUAGAACCAGAAGAGCAAAGUCUCACCAUUGACACAGCCAUCAUACACCCAUAUUUCUCUGAAAGUAAACCAAUGGACUAUGAUAUUGCUCUUUUAAAGAUAACUGGAGCCUUUCAUUUUGGCAAGUUUGUGGGACCUAUAUGUCUUCCAAAGCCACGAGAACGAUUUGGGGCUGGAUAUACUUGUACAACUGCAGGCUGGGGACAUUUAAGGGAAAAUGGCAAUAUCUCCCAAGUCUUGCAGGAGGUAGAGCUGCCCAUUUUGACACGAAAAGAGUGUAUGACAGCUCUAUCAAGACUAAAAAUACCCAUCAGUGGGCAUACUUUUCUCUGUACUGGCUUUCCAGAUGGAGGAAAAGAUGCCUGUCAGGGAGAUUCAGGAGGUUCCCUCAUGUGCCGGAAUAAGAGAGGAAUUUGGACUCUGGCUGGAGUGACUUCCUGGGGUUUGGGCUGUGGUCGAAGCUGGAGAAACAACAGGCAAAAAAAUCCAGGAUCUCCUGGGAUCUUCACAGAUCUUAAUAAAGUGCUUUCCUGGAUUCACAGACAGAUUCAAAUGGACAAUAAAGCUAGCAAACAAUGGUGCUCGAGGCUGGAUUCUGUGCCAAACAAGUUUGAGGGGAAACUGUACUUUCCAGGAAGUCCCUACAUAUAUUAUCAGUCCAAGCAAUGUGUCUGGACCUUACUGGUACCAGAAGGAAUGAAUGUGUUACUCAAUUUUCCACUUGAAGUGUCAUGUCACCAUAAUUAUCAGUCAGUACAUACUUUGGAAGAUAGACUUAAUGAGAAAUGGUGUGGAGUAAGCAUUGCUUCAUCAGUUCUUGUGGACUCUACUGAUGCCUCAGUUUAUGCCACCGAGUUUAAUCUCACCAACAAAGCUCUUAAAUCAAACUACCUUCCUGGUUCUGACUGCAAUUUUUUAACUAUCCUUUAUGAAGUCCUCAUACAGAACUAUCCUGAAGAUUAUAGUGAUAAGGCCAACCGUAACUGAGCUUUUCAAGCCCCCAAACAUUACCUGGUUAAACUUUUCUUUCAAAAUCUUGAACUAGAAAAAGGUAAAGACUGUAUUUCCGACUAUUUGACAUUAAAGGAUAUAGAAAGGAAGAAGAAAAUAGUUCACUUGUGUGGCUUUGAUGUCUCUGACCCUGUGCUGAGCAAUUCUGGUGUAAUGUUCAUCUGCUUCCAGUCCAGUGGAAGUAUCACCUUCAGAAGUUUUCAGGCUGUAGUCUCCUUCAUUCCUGAGUCAGUAAAUCCUGAUUUAGAUAUACCCAGGUCAACAGAUGAAGUGAUACUUCUGGAGACAUGGAAUGUACUACAUGAAUAA